AAAUAAGAUAAGAAAAAAAAAAGGGCAGAGAAAUUUCACCAUUAUUUUUCUUCAAUCCCAGGUACUUAAACCAAUCUUAUAUUCCAGAUUUCAAGUGAACUGUUCCUCUUCUUGGAUUGUUCUUCUCUAUUUUUAUUGUAUCACAAAUUUGCAAUUUGUUUUUUCUUGGUUUCAUUUUAUUGUACGUUUGGAAUUGCCUCAAUUUUAUGAAUUUUUGUGUACCCAAUUGAACUUAAUAUGUAUCAAAUUAUACUAUGAGCUGCUUCUUUUAGAUCUUAGAUUUGGGGUGCAAUCUAGAGAAAUUAUGUGAAAAAAAAGAGGGCAAUUUUCUUGCUGGGUCUUAAGCUUUUUCCCAAAACCCCCCGUUUUUGUUACUUGCCCAAGAAAAACUUCCAAUUUUCUAUCUAUUUUGAGUACCCAAUUAAGGGAAAAGAGAGAAAAUGGUGAGGGAGGGAACAGUGGAAUCAUUUUACGCAAGGCUUAGAGAAUCGGUUAGGGCAUCAUCUCUCUCUCCAUUACUCAUAUUCCCAUCAACCUCUGACGUGGACUCUCUCUGUGCUCUCAAAAUCAUUUUCCACAUUCUUGAAUCUGAUUCUGUCCGGUACUCGUGUUAUCCGGUGUCUUCUUUUCAAGAAAUCCAAGAAUACGCUGCUUCUGAAUUGAGUUCUUCCUCUGAGGGCCCUGUUACCAUACUUUUGACAAAUUGGGGAUGCCACCGUGACCUCCAGAAGGAUCUUAAGUUAGGGUCAGCUGCGCGGGUUUUCGUUGUUGAUAGUCAUAGGCCGAUUCAUUUGCAUAACUUGAGUGACCAGAAUGAUCAGGUGGUUGUUCUCUAUGCUAAUGAUGAUGAGCGAUUAGCUGAUCUGGCGUAUGAUUUCGAAGUUAUGGAGUUGGCAAAUGCUAGCUAUUGUUUGCAUAAUUCAGAGUUGGAUAGUGAAGAAGAUGAAGAUAGUGAAAGCGAGGAUGAAGAUGAGGAUGAUGAGGAGGAAAGAGGACCCAGGGAUGGCUCUAGGAAACGAAGAAGAAUGUCUUCGGAAGGUGAAGAAGAGCCAGCAUCUCGGCGUUUUAAGAGAUUGAAAAGGGAUUAUUAUCGGAUGGGAACUUUCCAUGGCAAGCCAUCGGGGUGUUUGAUGUAUGAUUUGUCGCAUUCUUUAAGGAAAAACACAAAUGAGUUGCUUUGGCUGGCUUGUGUUUCACUUACUGAUCAGUUUGUUCAUGAGAGGCUAACAGACGAGAGGUAUGAAGCUGGGGUUAUGGAGCUUCAGCAGCAUAUUAACAGUUUAGGGAAUUUAGAUGCAGUUACUUCAGUGACUCUUAAAGAUGGGACCAAGGUUCGAGCACCUGAUUCCUCAAGAAUUGCCUAUGAAGAAGAACCAAGACUUAUGUUGUUAAGAGAGUGGAAUUUAUUUGAUUCAAUGCUGUGCUCCUCGUACAUUGCCCCUAAGUUGAAGACUUGGAGUGAUAAUGGUAUGAAAAAGCUUAAGCUUCUUCUUGCACGGAUGGGAUUUGCCCUUGUGGAUUGCCAGCAGAAGUUUCAGUACAUGAAUUGUGAAGUAAAACAAAAGAUGAAAGAUCAAUUUGAACAAAUUUUGCCUGAAUAUGGACUUAAUGAUUUCUACUACAAAAGUUUCUUGCGUCUUCAUGGUUAUACUUCAAGGAUUUCAGCUGCAGACAUGGUAUAUGGGGUUACCGCACUGCUUGAAUCAUUUGUGCAAUCAGAUGGCUCUUGUGCUUCGAAGCAGUUUGGUGAGGCACAUGAUGCACUGUCCCUCAGUAAUCUUGAUAAGCUGAAAGCUGGAAUGGAGCAAGCAAUCAAGAUACAAAGAGCUAUUCUUAGGCAAGGAAGUGCCUCAAUAACAAAGAGUGGCUGUGUCAGGAGUGGGAGAAAGUUUAGGUGGGUGAAGCUUGAAGAUUCAGAAGAUACAAAGCUGUUGGGUCACCCCCAGGCUCUGACUAAGUUCUGCUACUUUCUAAUGGAUGCCUUGAAGGAGAAAGGAGCUAGGUUGAAGCCUUUGCUUUGUGCCUGCAUACAAGAGCCAGCUAAGGUGUUGAUUGUUGGGGUCUGUGGAAAGCCUCGUCUUGGAGCACUUCAAGGGAAUGCGUUUGGUCUUGCAUUCAGGAAUGCCGCCGAGGAAACUGGAGCUGAAUUCUUUCAUGAGCUCUUUGAAUCUUCAUGGAUUGUGUUGGAUGCAGGUGCUGUUAAUUCCUUCAUGGUCAGACUAACUGAAAAGCUUUGAUGUAAAGCUUUCAAUAUGUGCGCAAUAUGUAACUUUGUUGUGUUCGGUGUUCUCAAAAGGAAAACAUUUGUUCAUUACUUUAAGUGAGUAAUUUUUAGAUUGUUUGAAAUUAUUCAUAAAUAAAAAUCUAACUUGACUUCCUCAAGAAUGGUUACAUACUUUCUUCCUUUAUCUCGUUUUUCUUCUGAUCACUAACCAAUCAACAGAAGUUGAUCAUUGAAGGGAAGCUGCAUAUGCACAUGAUAUGAUAAUACUAGCACUUAUCAGUACCAAGAUUUUUGCAUUUAAAAUGUCGAGUGUUCAUGUGAUAUUGAAAAACUUUUACAUCAUCAAGAAGCAGACGUUUCAGUAAAUCGUGAUAAGGUAUGAAAACCUUUUCAAGCUCCGGCCAGUAGAUGGGGGCUUGAAAAGAGUUCAGCAAUGAAAGUGAUAGGUAACCAGCAGAAAAAAAAAAAAAAAAAAAACGCAAUCUUGGCCAAAAUCUUUCCUGGUUCGUUUACAAGCACUCUUGGAUUCUUCUUCACAACCUGGGCGAUUUAAGCAUUGUUGAGCCCAUACAUUUUGAGAAGGUUAAGGGCUGAAUCUGGCUUCUCGGAACUUCUAAACUUUUUAACUUCUGGGAGACAGAUUCUAAAGACAACCCACGUGAGUUUAUGAGGUAAGAGACUGUAAAAGAGUGAACCCAAUUAUCUAAUUUUUAUCUCCAAAGAUGGAGAAACUGGUCUGACAAUAAACAAGGCAAUAAUUUGAAGAAAACCCAGAUUAGGAACCAUCGGUUGCAAUCUUUUACCAAGGAAACCAAACAUGAUUGACUCACCAGGUUAAAACUGAAACUAAGCCAGCUUUUCCAAAUGCAUCUAUAGUUACUGAAUCAUCCUUUUUCCAAUAAUGAAGGAACUUCGCCUUUUCUUUUUGAUCUUAAGGACACCAACUGGCAAACAGCAGUAGAGAGAAAACCUUAG